CCUCUCUUCUCCUCCGUGUGAAGAGUUCCAUUUAUGAGCCUUCAUUCGCCGCCUCCAUCACGAGAAGGAAAUUUUGCAAGCGCACCGUGUUGAAAGAAAGGGCGCCCGAUUGAGAUGGAAAUGGGGUAGGUGAUGAAGAUCUGAAUAUACAUGCCAAAUUUGUUUACCUUUUCCCUGCAGGUAGCUCAAAUUCUACCCUUUUCCCGUGAAGAGAGAGUCUGUAAUACAAUCCGCGCUGGAACAAUUUUCUGUUUGUCAAUAUCAGGCGCUGAAGCUUCAUAAGAAAUUAAUUGGCUCUGGUCUGUUUGGAGUUUUGAAGCUUGAAGAAAGAGUAUGGUUGAGCAGGGAUGUAAUGAGAAGAUAUUUAUGGCCAAAUCUAUGUAUUAUGAAGGUUUCAGUCAUCCAAUAAGGUCCUGCUCGCCUUCUUCUGUUCUGGAGUGUAACAGUUCCAUGGCUUUCCCUGAUGUUUCUCCAGUGGGUUUGAUGAGUUUCGAUCUGGGAUCUGAUCCUUGUUCCAGUUUGUAUCCUGUUUCUGGUCCUAAUUUGGAGAAUAUGGUGAAGAAGGAGCCGGGGGAUUGUCAUCAUGGAGAGGAGCAGGAGGAAUUGUUAGGGAAUGUUAGUAAGCAGGAAGUGGAGGAUCAGCAUGAAAUAGAAACGGUUCAGCCUGAGGAAACAAAUAAAUUGUCAGAAUCUUCUGUUAAACGUGAGUCGGCUGAGGAUAGCACUGGGGAGGACUGUGAUGCCAAGGCUCAGUGCUCCAAAAGAAGGAAGAGCGUUCAGAAGAGGAUUGUCUGCGUCCCGGUAGGCCCGGCAGACGGACGGCAGAAGAGCGAUGGACCCCCUUCUGAUAUGUGGGCUUGGCGUAAAUACGGCCAGAAGCCAAUCAAAGGCUCUCCAUAUCCAAGAGGCUACUACAGGUGUAGCAGCUCAAAGGGUUGCUGUGCAAGAAAGCAGGUGGAACGAAGCUGCACAGAUCCCUCAAUGCUGAUAAUCACAUACACAUCUGAUCACAAUCAUCCAUGGCCAGCAAAUCGCAACAACAAUUCCAAUUCCAACUCUGCUGCAAAACACUCACAAGAAGUGCCAACUGUUUCUGCUGCUCCUGCCGCUGCUGCUCCAACUGUUUCAGAGAAAAGCUCUACAGAUCAGCAUGUGGGUGCAUCAUCAGAAGAUCAGCCAUGCAUUUCUUCUUCUGAUAACUUAUUUUCAUUGAUCAUAAACUCCCCGGACAGACUAGAACAGCUGCAGGCAGCCGAGCCCCUAUCAACCUUCAUGCAAGACGUAGAGCUCUGCAUUUCAAGAUCCAACCAUAGCUUAGACCACGAAGAUGAUGACUUGUAUGCAGAUCUUGGCGAAUUGCCCGAAUCCUCUACAAUCUUUAGCACUUCCAGAGGAUUCUUCGAAGAUGAUGAGAACAAAAACAAUGGUGGAAUCGAUCGGUGUAGUUGGCUUUCAUGGUCUGGAAAUUGCUUGAACAACGCAGUAAUCUGAUUGAUGAUCAUGAAAUCAGAUUUCCAGAUUUGAGAUUUGAUCAUAAUGUGGUGAGUUGGUUGGUUAUAUUCGUUUAUUAAUUAAGUUUUCAUGAUGAACUCCUUUCAUCAUUGUAUUUUCAGCAGAUUCAAGCCAAGCCCAAAAACAAAUAGGGGAAAUCUCCCAUCUCAAUAAUCAUUUUUUCUCCGUUUGUAAAAUAUAUUGUAAAAGUUUCAUUCCACACUUUUAUCUAUAUCUUAAUUAUCUGUGUGUACAAAAAACCAACUCUGCAAUUUUCUCAAUUCCAGAGGCUGAUGGGAGCAUUUAUUU